AUGAACAAGGUCAAACUCCUGAGAGACAAUGGCGUCAUUCCCGUGCUCGUCUUCGACGGCGGAAAGCUUCCCUCGAAAUCCCAGCAAGAAUCCAAACGAGACAAAUCAAGGAGGGAGAACCUUGAACGAGCGGAGCAGCUGUUGCUGAAGGGCAAGCGUAGUGAAGCAAGGGAGUGCUUUCAGAAGGCUGUUGACAUCACACCUGCCAUCGCUCACCAGCUAAUCAGGGUGCUGAGGCAGGAGCACGUGGAGUACGUGGUGGCACCCUACGAAGCCGAUGCACAGAUGGCGUAUCUCUGCACCAGCGGCCUCGUGCACGCAGUAAUUACAGAGGACUCCGAUCUCAUCGCCUACUCCUGCCCGCGGGUCCUCUUCAAAAUGGACCACAUGGGGCACGGCGACGAGAUCGUAUACGCCAACAUAGGCCAAUCACAGGAGCUCGCUCUGGCGGAUUUCAUCCCGCAGAUGGUCCUCGAGAUGUGCAUCCUCAGCGGCUGCGACUACCUCGACAGCCUUCCCAAAGUUGGCCUCAAAACAGCCCACGACUGGAUCCGAAGGCACAGGAACUAUCAGUCAGCGCUGGCUGUAGCGAAGCUGAAUGGGCGGGUGGUGCCGGAGGAGUAUGAGGGCGCGUUUGAGCAGGCGCUGCUGACGUUCCUGCACCACCGCGUGUACCAUCUGGCGGAUGAGCUCAUGACUCAUGUCAACCCGCUGCCUCCCACGCUUGGACCGGACACGGAUCUGUCGUUUCUUGGACCAUAUCCUACUCAGCGUGCUUCGUGCCUGUCCUCACUUACUCCCAUUCUUGCCCUGUUUUGCCCCUAA